AUGCAGGAAACGGGCCCUGAAGACGGCGAAAAACGGUCGCAGACCUGCAGGUCCAAGCUCCUGCAUUUCCGAACGCUGCUCGUCGCGAUCGGGGUCGUGGUCGUCGCGGGACUCGCCCUCGUCAUCUACUUCACUGCCUUCGACGACGAGGAGGGAUCGGGGAAUCUGCCGAGAAGACUCCGGAAACUCGAGUUCGACGACUAUCUCCUCAAUAAAUUCGGCGCUCCUUCCUUUUCUUCCAAUGCUUCCUGGAUUUCAGACUCGGAACUGGUGUAUCGAAAUGCAGAAGAAGACCUGGCCAUCAUGCAGGAAACGGGCCCUGAAGACGGCGAAAAACGGUCGCAGACCUGCAGGUCCAAGCUCCUGCAUUUCCGAACGCUGCUCGUCGCGAUCGGGGUCGUGGUCGUCGCGGGACUCGCCCUCGUCAUCUACUUCACUGCCUUCGACGACGAGGAGGGAUCGGGGAAUCUGCCGAGAAGACUCCGGAAACUCGAGUUCGACGACUAUCUCCUCAAUAAAUUCGGCGCUCCUUCCUUUUCUUCCAAUGCUUCCUGGAUUUCAGACUCGGAACUGGUGUAUCGAAAUGCAGAAGAAGACCUGAUAUACAGGCAUUCCUUCAACGCUCGGUACUCCAUUUACGACAUCGAGAGAGGGAACGUGACGAACGUGACUUUGAACGCGUCGACGAUUCCGCCCGAUUCACCGGUCUACUUUUCCCUGGCCAAAUGGGCUCCGACCGAGGACCGCCUCGUCCUCGUCUUCCGAAACGAUCUCUAUUACCGGCCCGAUCCGAGGGAAGAUCGGACCUUUCGAGUCACCAGCAACGGAGAACCGGACGCCAUCUUCAACGGCAUCGCCGACUGGGUCUACGAAGAGGAGGUUUUCGGCGACUCGAGUGCGGUGUGGUGGUCGGGAGACAGCAGCAAGUUCGCCUACCUUUCCUUCGACGACAGGAGGGUCCCCGUGAUGGAAUACGCGGUUUAUCGGCCUUACAGUGUCGAUAAUCAGUAUCCUACCACGGUCAAGCUUCACUAUCCCAAGGUGGGAACGGAGAAUCCCGUGGUGGCGCUUUGGAUGGUCGACGUGGAAUCAUCGCAAUCGAAUCCGCAUUCGAUAAUGAAGUCCACCAUCCUUCUCUCCUCCGUCUCCGAAAAUGAGGAGUAUUACGUGACAGGGAUUUCUUGGUCGGGUGGAUCUCACUUGGCCGUCAAUUUGCUCAAUCGGCACCAAAAUUACAGCAUUACAGAUUUGUGCUCCCGGCUCGAGAACAGUACUUGGGUUUGUUCUGACGCCCUGACGCGGGAAAAUAACGAAGGAUGGUUCGAGAUCCCGGCGCCCACCUUCCCUUCAUCUCUCGAUUCUUCUGCUUAUCUCAUUGUGCUUCCCGAUGAAGGCUGGAAGAGGCUCUUCAAGGUCUCUUCUUCUUCCCUUUCCGAACCUCUCACGCCAGUUGGGUUCGAAGUCAUCGAAGUCUACACAUGGGACGCUGAAAAUAACCACAUAUACAUUCGAGGCACGUAUGGAAAUGCGUCGUCAGAAAGAGGCGUGUACCGCAUCGAAGAGGACACUCUUAACAUGACCUGCUUGUCGUGUUCCUCUCCCGACGAAGACUGCUCCUUUGCAUCUGCAUACUUCAGUCAGAACACGUCCUAUUAUGCACUUCAAUGCGCCACCCCAAGGACCGUGGCGAAUCGGGUGACGAUCAAGGAGACGGAAAGUGGGAAAGUGGUGAAAGAAUGGUUUUCCAAUAGCGAUCUCGUGGAAAAUCUGAACACCCUGAACCUUCCCGUCGAGAGGAACUUGGAAGUGGAAGUGGCUGAGGGGUUCAAAGCUAAAGUUCGCCUCUUUCUCCCUCCCGAUCUCGACGAGUCCGGUUCCACUAAAUAUCCCAUGAUAGUUUUCACGUACGCAGGUCCAAAUUCCAAGCUAAUCGUGGACGGAUGGCGAGGCGUCGAUUGGGGAACUUAUCUCUCGGGGGCAGAGGGAAUCAUCUACGCCAUGAUCGACGGACGAGGAUCCGGAUUCCGCGGCGAACGACUCCUCUAUCAAUUGUAUCGUCGUCUCGGCACGGUCGAAGUCCAAGAUCAGAUCAAUGUCACGAGAACCCUGGUUCGAGAUCUUGGAUACAUCGAUGAGAAGCGAGUGGGGAUUUGGGGUUGGAGUUACGGCGGUUUUACGACUGCCAUGGCGUUGGCCAAUGAUACCGAAGGUGUCUUCAAGUGUGGCAUCUCCGUGGCUCCUGUAACUUCUUGGCUCUAUUACGGUAUUCAUCUUCUUAAUACCAGCUAUCCAGACGAAAACCAUGCUCUUGGUGGUGUGCGGCGCCACGUCUAUCAUUCCAUGCUGGAAUUCUGGAAGGUGUGCUUUGACCUCGCCUGAUUCCUGAUCCCAGUAAAAAAUAAAUAAAACUAGUAGAUGAACC